GCCGGAAAUUCAAAAAUGAUGAGGCGGGGCAAGAGGACGUCGAAUCCGGUAUGUCCGAGAGCGCCCGCCUUACGGCAGAAAGCCGUCUUGAUCAAGAAGCCGGAAGCGCCCGUUGACUGUUCAUCGCUCGGCUCUCCCGCCUCCAACGGCAACUCUCUGGGCGACUCUUUCCAGCCGCCGGAGAGCAAGCUUCCUCCCUGCAGUCCCGAGGAGCUCCCGUUGCCUCCCUUCCUCUCGGAAAGCGCUGACGGCUGCAAUAAUCUAGACGGCGCUGCUGUUCUGGGCACCACCAUGCUCAACUUCUUCCGAUCCAUCCCGACGCAGAUGGACUACAAGGGUCAAAAACUAGCAGAGCAGAUUUUUCAAGGAAUAAUUCUUUUCUCUGCUGUGGUUGGCUUUAUUUAUGGAUAUAUUACUGAACAGUUUGGCUGGACAGUUUACAUAGUAAUGGCUGGAUUUGCUGUAUCGUGCCUGCUCACACUGCCUCCAUGGCCCAUUUACCGUCGCAAUCCUCUGAAAUGGCUCCCUGUUCAGGAAUCUGCAACAGAUGAUAAAAAACCUGCAGACAGAAAAGUAAAGAGGCAUCCUAAAAAUUGAAAAACUACAUCUUCUGUAUGAUUUUCUGUCAUUAAAUUUGCUUUAAAAUUGA